CUUUUUGAAAAUUCUUUAUCGUAUCUGCCACCCUAUUGAUCACCAUGGCCUCUCACCUCAGCAGCUCUCCGUCCACCACGCCCCCACCGCCUUUGUCAAGACGGCGACCGAGACCACAGGGCAUUGGAAUCGACCCUUCGGCGCUCGCUGGAAAGGUCUUGACCCGGAUAAGUCGCUCACCCGAGCAUCCAUGCAUGCAGCUCCAUUUCGUCGACGGCACAGUCUACCAAAUUUUAGUUGCCGGCUAUGAUCCCGUGCAUCGUGGAUUACCUAAAGCGCUGGAGAUGGACCCCAUCCUCGACUCCCUUCUUGGUGCCGCGGACGGAUCGGUAGAACUCCAGCGGACUAUCGACCAUUGUGUUCUUGUCACUCUGUCUGACAAGGCGUUCGAGUCCAGGCAAAGAGAGCAGCGCUGGGAUCAGAACCACGUAGGGGUGGCCUUCAAAUUUCGCGAAGACCAAGUGUGGCAUUGCGUGUGGGCGAUGCUAACUGACCAUGAAAAUGGCAUAUGCGUCUUCCGAAGCUACAGCGACGUUUACCUCGAUCAACUGCAAUUGCGCCACUCUCACCGUAAACGCCACUCCCGCACACCAUCCUCGCCCAAUAAACGUCAUUGACAUUGUGCAACAGUAUUUCUAUAAACGUCAUCAUGACCGCAAACUCGACGCUUGCACGUCCACACUGUACUACUGAAUUAUCACUAUAUUCUGUCCAUCGAUUUGCUAUGUAUCCGACGUGUUGUUCCCGCCUUGCUGCACGCACUCCACACCCUGUAACUGGACAUAGUCGUCAGCACACUCAUACUUCUUGGUACCGCAUUGUACAAGUAGGUAACAUGUACUACAUCCUCCAUUCGAUAUCCAGUGUACGCAGAUAGAUAUAUCACAUCGAAAAGCAGAAGGGGGGGAAGUCUUACUCUCACAUCCUCGGCACACGAGUAUUUACUCAACGGUCUCCAUCCUACAUCAAUGUAUUUUUUUUAAAAAUACAUCAAUUAAUACUUACGAUGCAGGAGGCACCUUCCUGUCGCU